GUGUGGCACUGUUGCAGCUCAGUGCCUACAGAGCGCUGUUUUUAAAAAUCAUAAAUACAGUUAAAGAAAUCACAGUAUGAAUGGGUAUAAGAAAGUAUGAAGGUGUAGCACUGUUGCAGCUCAGUGCCUACAGAGCGCUGUUUUUAAAAAUCAUAAAUACAGUUAAAGAAAUCACAGUAUGAAUGGGUAUAAGAAAGUAUGAAGGUGUAGCACUGUUGCAGCUCAGUGCCCACAGAGCGCUGUUUCUGUUUCCACAGUGGUGGAGUCAAGUAAGGAAAGUCUGACCAAUCACUUGCAUAUUCCCUGUAAUGUUUAAGUAACGUUCACAAACAAAAACAUCUAACUUUAGAGUUUCAGUCAUUCACUCAACAGAUAUCAAGGCACUAAUGAGUAAGACACAGUCCCCACCUUCAAGGAACCUGAAGAAAUAAGACAGGUGUCUUCCCUAAACUGGAGUCACUUGGAACAGUUGUCAUAAAGCAGAAUACUAUGGGAGCUUUGAGGAGAGGAGGUUACUUCUAGCCGGGGGAAUCUGUUACUUGGUUCUGAGACUUUUUACCAAUAAAGAGCUUCUGUAAAAGGAAGAAUAGAUUUCAGAAAUUUUCGAGUGCUUGAUAGUCUAUGAUAAGUAAUAUUUAUUUCAUUAAAAGUUUUUUAAAAUCUUUUCAGCAAUUGCUUUUUUGUUCUUUUACCUACAGACUUUUUCCGUAACUGCAUUAUCUGGUUUACAGAAGUGUAUUAGCCACUGAGAGAUGGGAGUGCUCACCGAGCCAGCACUUUAUUCACAGGGCCCCUUCCCCAAAAGUGAGCCCUUUACCGGUAGUGAUGUCAUUCAGUGUCAGUUUCUUAUCCAGACACCCUUUAAGUGGGUAUAACCCGUAUAUAGAGAUAAUCGAACAACCCAGGCAGAGGGGCAUGCGAUUCAGGUACAAAUGUGAAGGACGGUCAGCAGGCAGCAUUCCCGGGGAGCACAGCACAGACAGCAACCGGACGUACCCGUCCAUCCAGAUUAUGAACUACUAUGGAAAAGGAAAAGUGAGAAUUACGUUAGUAACGAAGAAUGACCCCUAUAAACCUCACCCUCAUGAUCUAGUUGGAAAAGACUGCAGAGAUGGCUACUAUGAAGCAGAGUUCGGACAGGAGCGCAGGCCUCUGUUUUUUCAAAAUUUGGGUAUUCGUUGUGUAAAGAAAAAAGAAGUAAAAGAAGCUGUAAUUUCACGGAUAAGGGCAGGAAUCAAUCCUUUCAGUGUCCCUGAACAACAGCUGCUUGAUAUUGAAGACUGUGACCUCAACGUGGUGAGGCUGUGUUUUCAGGUUUUCCUCCCCGACGAACACGGCGAUUUGACAACUGCCCUGACUCCUGUCGUCUCAAACCCAAUUUAUGACAAUCGUGCUCCUAAUACAGCAGAAUUAAGGAUCUGUCGUGUGAACAAGAACUGCGGAAGUGUCAGAGGAGGGGAUGAGAUAUUUCUACUCUGUGACAAAGUGCAGAAAGAUGACAUAGAAGUUCGUUUUGUGUUGAACGACUGGGAAGCAAAAGGGAUCUUUUCACAAGCUGAUGUGCACCGCCAAGUGGCCAUUGUUUUCAAGACUCCGCCAUAUUGCAAAGCUAUAACGGAGCCAGUAACAGUGAAGAUGCAGCUGCGGCGGCCUUCUGACCAGGAAGUUAGUGAGUCUAUGGACUUUCGAUACCUGCCAGAUGAAAAAGAUACUUAUGGCAAUAAAGCAAAGAAACAAAAGACAACUCUGCUUUUCCAGAAGCUAUGGCAGGACUGUGGAGUUAAUUUUUCCGAAAGACCGAGACCUGGCCCCCUAGGAUCAGCCGCAGAAGGACGAUUCAUCAAAAAAGAGCCGAACUUGUUUCCUCAUGGCGCAGCUGCAACAGAGACGCCCCGGCCCUCGAGUCAAACAGAACCUUACUAUCCCCCUCCCGUGUCCGUCUCACGGGCGUUGCCACAUCACGGCUCAGCCAUGUCCUCCCUGAUGCACACGCCUUCUUCAGGCUGGUCGUCUGGGGCUCGCCUCAGCUCACAGUCAGUCAGUACAAAUCCACCGAAUAGUUUUUCAGCAGGAACACUUCCCUCUAACUCACAAGCUAUCCCACCAUUACUGGAAAUUCCCGUCGCCGGUGAUUUAAGUGCCUCGGGCGCUUGCAUUUACAGCAGCCCUAACAACAUCGGCCCCGUGGAAGCGUCGUCAGUGCCAACAGCCGACUUGUACGGUAUCUCUGAUGCCGGCUUGCUGCCUAAUUGCCCUGUGGGUAUGAUGGGGCCUUGUACUGAGAGUCUGAGGGAGCCGGAUAACACGCGACUUGUCAUGAGCAUGAAUCUCGACAGCCCCACCUGUAAUUCGGUGUUGGACCCUAGAGACUUGAGGCAGCUCCGGCAGAUGUCCUCGUCCAGCGUGUCAGCAGGUGCCAGUUCCAGCGCUGCCGCUUUUGUCUCACAGCCAGAUGCAUUUGAGGGAUCAAACUUCAGUUGUACCGAUAACGGCCCGAUGAAUGAGUCAGGACCACCCAACGGCACUAACCCAGGCAGUCACGGCUUUGUUCAGAGUGGCCAGUAUUCAGGUAUCAGCACCAUGCAAAGUGAGCAACUGGGUGACGCAUUUGCAUAUGAAUUUUUUCACAUGUAAGUUGUAAGAUUCCAGUGGUGAUUUAAAUCCUUUUAAAUCUUUACAGUCAUUUUAGUAUCACCUACUUAGCAAGAAGCAUUUUAUAUUUGUCUGAUUGAGGCUAUAAUAGAGAUAUACUUUUUUUUAUUAGUUUUCACUGUUGAGGGAUGACGGUCCAAAAACUUCUUUUUCAGGGAGAAACAUAAAAUUUGGACAUAUAGUACAUAGGGGCUUUAUUGUUUCUUCUCUUGAAACAUGUGACCUGGCACCCUUUGUGGUAUGGAUUCCGUCUCAAGAGUCCCACCAAAUUGCCCCAGCAUACACCAAGAAGAACGUUAAAAAGCUUUUCUAAUUACACUUUUUUUUUUUAAUUCAUUUCAAUGAAUUAACUGAUAUUUGCUUCCAAGCAAAUUUAAGGUAAAAUGUGUAAUGGCUAUGUCAUUGGAAACAUAAAUUCCUUAUUAUUUCUGAGGCCCAUGGCCAAGGUGACCCCUAAGGGGUUUUCUGAGGCUUCUUGGAGUUUCUUAGAUUUACGUGUAAAUCAAGACUUCUUGAAAUGCUAGGUUGGGCAGGAGGCAGUUGAGAUGAACUUUCGUGGUAUGGAAGGUUCUCUACAUUUGGACUCUUUAAAUCCAGACCCCUAGAAUUGUUUAUGAUUUUAGCUUUGCACCUGUGUUUUUAAGGGAAGAAGCUUCCUUGGACCUCUCCUCUUUAUUACUGUCAUCACUGCCUGUGAUCCUCUGCGGUUUCAUUUCUUUAAAUGCCACUAUGUGCUGCCAACUCACAAAUUCUACCCUGAGCCAAGACCUAUCACCUAAAUUCCAGACCUGGUGCCUGUGUGUGCACACACCUGCAUGCACAUACACGCACGCGCACACGUGCACACAUACAUGGCACACGCACAUACACCGCAUUCUGUCCCAGUCAUCUAGUGCUGCUAUAACAGAAAUACCACAAAUGGAUGGCUUUACCAAACAGAAAUUUAUUCUCUCUCAGUUUCCAAAGAACCAAAACCAGUGCCGUAGAGUCGAUUCUGACUCAUAGCGACCCUACAGGACAGAGUAGAACUACCCCACAGAGUUUCCAAAGAGCGCCUGGUGGAUUCGAACUGCCAGCCCUUUGGGUAGCAGCUGUAGCACUUACCCACUACGCCACCAGGGUUUCCUCUCUCACAGUUUAGGAAGCUAGAAGUCUGAAUUCAGGGUGCCGGCUGAAAGGAAGGCUUUCUCUGUCAGCUCUGGAGGAAGGUCCUUGUCUCUUCUGAGCUUCUGCUCCUCGACAGUCUUCACAUGGUUUGGCAUCUGUCUUCCUCCAUCUCUGCUCUGCUUGCUUGUUUAAUCUCUUUUAUAUGUCAAAAGAGAUUGACUCAAAAUACACCCACAGUGAUUUGCCUCAUUAACAUAACAAAGAUAACCCCUUCCCAAAUGGGUUUUGACAUAUCUACCUAGAAAUCUAAUAAAGCUCUAAUACCAUAUAUCCAAAACUUAGUUCCUGAUCUUUCCUUCCAAACUUGUUUCUCCUUCAGUCCUCCCCAGCUCUGGACAUGGCAGUGCCAUGCUUCCAGUUGCUCAGGCCAAAAACCCUGGAGUCAUCCUUGAUCCCUGUCAUUCUUUUACAUCCCCUCACCAGUCCUUCAUCGACUCCAGUAGGCUCUUCCUUCAAAACAUCCAAAGCAAACCACCUCCUCUGACCUCUGCUGUUACAAACACCCCAUUGCAAGCCACUGUCAUCUCUGCCUGGACUGAAGCUGCAGCCACCACAGGCCCUCUACGGCCUCUUCUCCGUAAAGUAGCCAGGGUUGCUGUUCUUAAAACAAGUCAGAUCCUGUCGUUCAUCUGCUCAGGGCUGUCCAGUGGCCUGGAGCUCAUUCAGAGUAAAGGCUGAAGUUUUUACAAUGAACCAGCCGGCCUCCACUCCCUCUCCUACGUCGUCUACCACCGUCCUUCCCGGCCUCCACACUCCCUCUCCUACCUCGUCUACCACUGUCCUUCCCGGCCUCCACACUCCCUCUCCUACCUCGUCUACCACUGUCCUUCCCGGCCUCCACACUCCCUCUCCUACCUCGUCUACCACUGUCCUUCCCGGCCUCCACACUCCCUCUCCUACCUCGUCUACCACUGUCCUUCCCGGCCUCCACACUCCCUCUCCUACCUCGUCUACCACUGUCCUUCCCGGCCUCCACUCCCUCUCCUACCUCGUCUACCACCGUCCUUCCCGGCCUCCACACUCCCUCUCCCACCUCGUCUACCACUGUCCUUCCCGGCCUCCACACUCCCUCUCCUACGUCGUCUACCACCGUCCUUCCCGGCCUCCACCCUCCCUCUCCUACCUCAUCUACCACUGUCCUUCCCGGCCUCCACACUUCUCAAAGCGCCCAGGUGUGUACUUGCCUCAGACCCGUCUACCUGGUCUUCCCUCUGCCUCAUGGGCUUGCCCCACAGGUACACACACAGCUCGCUCCCUUAUGGCUUCCAGGCCUCCCUCAGCUGUUACCUCGUCAGCACUGUGCAGAUGGCAGCACCCACCACUGCUCUGUUUUUGUCCAUAGCACUUACCACAGUUUGACUUCUUAGUCAUUUUACUUAUUUGUAUAGUUUGUUUUCCUAUACUGGAAUAUAAGCUACAUGAGGGCAUAAAUCUUCACUUUGUUUACUCCUGAAUCCCCAGUGUCUAAAACCGUGUCUGCCUCUAUUAAACAUUCAGUAAGUAUUUAUUGAACGUUCAAAGUACUAUUAGUAAAACUUUGUUUCUUAAAACAAAGAAUAGUUUUAAUUGCUAAAUGAUUAUAAUUUUUACAGUUUUUUCGAUUACUAAUGUUAAUCCAAACUAUUUGAAAGCAAAUAAUCCCAAUGGCAAGAUAAUGGUAGAAUUUGAGCAUUAAUCCCAAUUGAAUUGUCAUGAUGCUAAGUAACUAACAUGUUAAAGACCUAGUUUAUCUUACAGCCAGAACCUACCGUAAAUGUUGAGCAUAUUUCUAGCUAGAAACAAUGUCCAACCACACCAUAAAUGUGCUGGAACAAUUAAAAUUAGCCCAGUCAGCCAAAAUGGGGACUGUGUGGACACCAUAUAUACAAACCUAAGUUGAAGGAUCUGGAAAUAGAAAGCAGAGCAGGCAGGGAGAUCGCUUGGCCUAAAACAUGGCGUCUAGAUUGGUAAGACACGAGGUCGGGCAAGUUCAGGAAGCAGAAGAAAAAGAUUCAAAACACCUAACAAAGUGCCCUUAGUAGUUGUCAGAAGUUACGAUUUCAAAAGGAAACAUUUCUACAACUUUAAAACCCAGAAGCACACAAAACAUGUUUACAACUUACCAGGAAGAAAGAAAAACCUGAAGGCACCAUUCCUUCCUGUUGAAAAUAUGAACCCAGGAUAAUGGGCAGUGGGCUUUUUAAAGUACAUGUACAGAACCCUGAUGGUGCAACGGUUAAGCGCUCGACUGCCAACCGAAAGGUUGGUGGUUCAAACCCACCAGCUGCUCUGCAGGAGAAAGAUGUGGCAGUCCGCUUCCACAAAGAUGACAGCUUCAGAAACCCCAUGGGGCAGUUCUACUCUGUCCCGUAGGGUCACUAUGAGUCGGAAUUGAUGCCGUGGGUUUCGUAUACCUGUGCUUAGAGUAUUUACAAUGGAUUUUUCAUUUUUCAGGUGCUAUUUACUGAAAAAAAAUUUUUUUUUCUUUUUUUUUCACUGAUCAGAGAAUUUAUUUUGUAAUUUAAAAAGGACUUGGCAGCCUGCUUCCUCUCUGUCUCUACAUGUCUUUAUAGCUUAGCCUGCCCUCGUGACACCCCACUUUCAGUGUCUAAGGGUGUCCACCUUCCUUUCUGAGCCCCACUUGUGCACUGGGUCCCCUUUGCCCUGUCCUGGGCUCCCUGUGUCCUUGUCACUACUUAGUGCGGCUUUUCUUUGUGUAAACGUGCUGAACGCCUUCUCUAGCCUAAAGAGAAAGGCAAAAGCCCUUUCCUACCACCCCCAAGCUCCAUCCCUUCACAUCCAGACUCCUGAGCUGCUCUCAGCCUCCAUUUCCUCACUUCCACUCAGUCCUCGGCCUAGCCAUCUGUUGUCAGCACCUACUGUUGUCUUAGGAUAUUUGGGAAAGGUGACGGAGACUCCCCCAUUGUCAGGUCUAGUGUCUUCUUACCAGUUCCCUCCCUGCCUGGUCCCCCCAUAGCCUUUUACCUUCUCGGCCACUCACUCCUUGGAUGCUCCUCCUUGGUUUCUGUGGUGGACAAGAUUCCUUCUGACACUAUUUUUUUCUCCAGAUUCUCAGCCUCAGCCCUUGUUUGGUUCUCUUUUCUCCCUGGCAGUCUCGUUGAUGCCCACAGCGUCAGCUCUCUCCCACACCACCAGGAGGCCCCUAUCAGCUGGGUUCCUACUCUCUCGACUCCUCUGCUUUCGUUCAUGGCAUUACCAUUUACCCGGCCACCCAGGACGUUUAUUGAGAACCUUGACAUCUGUUCUGUUCUUUUUCUCUCUCUCACUCACAGUCAUCAAGUCCUUGAGUCUGCCUCCUUGGUCUCCUGUGUCUCCCCUCUCCAUUCCUGGUGCUUAGUACAGGCCACCGUUCUUGUCCCCAACAGGAAUCUUUCCCACGUGUUUCAGUUAAAAAUGCCCCACUCCCCUCACGCCUUGUUACACAGUUAGCAUUCUGUGAGAAAACCUCUUCUCAUACCGCCACGUUACCCCUCUGAUACUGCCGCGUGACUCCUCUCAUACCACCUUUGACAUGUUACCCUCUGCCUUAUGUGCAGCCAGAAUAUCCUUCAACAUGGGCUUCUCCUCUGAAGCUUGGUCCUGCCUCCCUAGCAGGGGUGCAGCUUGUCCCAUCCCUAUUUCACAAGCCCUCUUGCUGAAUUAUAGGCAUUUCAGUGUUUGUCUUUGGGACUCCAGCACUUAGCACAGCCCCUGGCACAUAAAUGGAGCUGAAUAAAUGGUAGCUGUUACUACAGAGGGGAGGGGCUCGUUGACAUAGGAGUGGUUACAGCAGUGUGGUCAGGGACGUGGAUUUGAAAGGGAAGGGUACUCCACCUGGCAGGAAAAGCAGUGACGCCCAGCCUCCUGACGCCUUGUGAAAUACACUUCUUUAUGUUCUACCCGGCCUUCCUUUUGAAAACCCCUCUGCAGACCCCUGAGAUUGAAAGCAGUGCUGUUGGGAGAGGGUCAGCUGUACUGAGUAGGAAUUCCAGAGUUGCUAGGGUUAUCUCAUCUCUCUGACCUUGCCACUUCUCUCCACUACAUGGCAGACUGAGUCUCUACUCUCCUCCACGCGUUUCCCCUGUUCCUUAUCCCUGCACAGACGUGCCAGUGUUCAUGUAGCUGGUCAGGUAUCAGAUGUAGGGAGCACUGUGUCAUGUGCUGGAAAUAACACAGAGGUGAAUGGGAAAACCCUUGCCCUCAGAGGUGUCCUCUGUUUCUUCGGAAGGACAGCAUACACACAGCGAAGUGCACUCGUGUUCAGUGUACUGCUUGGUGAGCUUCUAUAGGCGAGCACCCACAUAACCGCCCGUGUAGGACAUUACAGGUGAGCACCCAUAUAACCGCCCGUGGAGGACAUUCCCAGCACCCACAGGUUUCCUCGUGCCUCUUGCAGCAUCCACCCGCCUCAGAACCACUGUUGCUGACCUCCAUCAUCAGAGCCUGUCACCUCAGCGUCCUCUCAGGUCCACAGCUGAUCUCUCUGCAGGCAGGCAGUCCCCACGUUACCAAC